AUGGCUCAAAAAAAACUCUCAGAGCUCACCCCUCUAGAAGUCAAAGGGGAUUCUACAAAACCAGCCUUGAUUGUUGCACUCCCUGUGAUUACUGUACGGGAGGCUUUGAAAAUUAUGGGAAAAAAUAAUAUUACAUCUUUACCCAUCUACUCUCAUAAUUCUGAAAAUAUAGUGAACAUUGUUAAUCUUGUCGAUGUGCUCAAUUAUGUUAUUAAAGAAGUGGCAUCUGGUGAAAUGUUGCCUUAUCAUCUGGAGAGCGAGAGGAGUCGCCAAUUAGACGAUUCAAUCGAAUCUGUCAUGACAUUGGAUGACGAAAGGGAAAGUUAUAGGAUUUUUAAAAGUGAUGCAAAUGAAAGUCUGAAAGAU